ACGCGACAUACCGCCGUGCCCCUCUGCCUCAGUCGCUGUGUGCCCGUCGCCAUGGCAACUACCCUCGGCAUAAUCAGGGUGUUACUAGUAUUCGUGUGUUAUUCUGCAUUUAUUAUCAGAGACACACAUUCCACUCACAACGCCCCGAAAUAUGUCUCAGAUACGCCGCGUCAUACCCAAAAUACGUCGAAAACGGGCGAGAUCCAGAAUUACGACACGGGCAGCCCUCGUGGUUCGAACGACGCCGCGUCACCGAGCGUUCCUGGUCACGAAGCUCUCACCCGCGAUGUAAAGGACACUCGCGGAGAAGCAGGACGUGACAGAGACAGAUCAGAACGCUUGCCCUUUCGUCAUCUCCGUUUAUUCGACGAGCGGACGAAGUCAAGCAGCCUUUAUAAAGAUGGGGAACCGGAAAAGCAACUGUCAGUCACGAGCGAGGAGGGAAUGAAUCUUGGCAUAAGAGCAAGGGCCAGAUCGUCAUCGACCAAUGACAUUCUGGCGGCGAUUGGAGGCCGAAUCGACCCGGCGGCACCGCGUCUUGACCCUGGCCUGGGGGGGCGAGACGUCGUGAUUGACGGCGAUCAAGUGACGGCGAGAUUUGACCACUUCUGGCGCAGCACCGGCCUCUGCCCUCCAGAUCCUCACUCUCGCGCGGACGCCUUCCUGCUGGGGUUGGACGAGCGCCUCAACCUCGCCCUGGUCGGCUCCCUCCCGCACGACGCCGUGGGCCAGGUGCGGGUCCACUGGCUGCUCGACCUGGUGCAGGGCAGACUCGAAGACGGACAACCCAGCUAUAACUUCAGCCAUCUGGACACCCUCCUGGACCACCUGUGGCGACACCAGCUGCGACCUGGCUUCGAGCUGAUGGGAAAUCCUGGCAACAUUUUCACCGACUUUGAAAACAAAACGCAGGUUCUUUGGUGGCGAAAUCUGGUGGCGCAGACAGCCCGUCGCUACAAAGAGAGAUACGGCCUGGAAUGGGUCGCCUCUUGGAAUUGGGAAUCCUGGAACGAGCCGGACCAUCACGACUUUGACAACCUGAACUUUACACUUUCAGGGUUUCUCAACUACUUCGACAGUUGCCGGGCGGGACUGGAUGACGUCACCGAACAGCUGAUCCUGGGGGGUCCCGGGGGUGCGUGCCGUGACCCCGGCUUCUCCCUCCUGUGCUGGGCGCUGCUGGGGCACUGCGAUCACGGCUCCAGCUUUUUCACGCCGGGACGCCCGCCCAGGAUCGAUUUCAUUUCGUUUCACAAGAAAGGCCAGGAAGACGCAGACAGCAUUUUGACUCAGGAACUUGAGACGAUCGAGAAAAUACGACGAAAUUACCCACGUCUGCGUCACGUCCCAAUAGUGAAUGACGAAGGCGAUUUCCUGAAGGGCUGGUGGCGCAGUCGUCCCUGGCGAGCAGACGGGCGGUACGCAGGCCUGGUGGCGCGGGCGGUCUACACCCACCACGAGGCCCUCUCCUCACGCCCACACCUCAACUACCACCUCAUUAGCUUCGACAAUUCGUUCCUUAACUACUUUCCAAACUUCUUCGAGCAGAGGAGUUUGGUGGCCAGAUUUCAGAUUAACUCCACAUCGCCUCGACAAGUGCAACUGGUCAAGAAGGAUUCCUAUGCCAUCCUUGCGUUCCUCAGUCUCCUUGGCGAUCACGUGCUUUCACAUUCGAAGGAUAAGGGUUUCGAAGAAUUAUCGGUGAUAUCAACAUGCCGCGGAUGCAGACGGGCAGCGCGGCCAGAGCCAUCCGUUGCAGACGACCCGCGCGAUUCCGGUUCAAAAAGCCCACCAACCAAAAACGCGGGAAAAGGCGACGAAGCCACGCCCACUCUGACCCCGACGGAAGACCUCGAACCACAGAAUGACGUCACGUCUCCUCCUCCUCCUCCUCCUCCUCCUCCUCAAGACCCCAAAGAAAACUCGACGGAGAACUUUCCACGCGGGAGGACGACAGAAACCCUAAAAAGAACAACAACAACGCCUCCUCCAGAAGACUCAGAAACCCGGGCACUUUGCGAAAACGCGACGGAAAACGCAGCGCCCAACGAAACCGCUCGAGCAAACCUAAAAUCUGCUCCGGGAGAAGGACGCGACGCCAGUGCCAACAGGGCCAACCUCCCGCCUCGCAGUGCCGGUCUCUCUGCGUGGGAAGCGACCGUCCUGGUGGCACGCUCGAAUGGCACUCGGAGGUCGAGCGAUGGCGUGGCUGUGAAGGUCGUCCUCAAACUGCCUCAGGAGGUGCUCGGGGAAAGGCUGGCUGUAGUGAGUUACCAGCUGGGCGGAGAGCACAGGGGGCCCUAUGAAGCCUGGGUUGACCUCGGUCGACCUGUGGAACCCAGCAGGAAGGAGCUCGAGUAUAUUAGGUCGCAUGAGGGAGGCAGGCGAGACGGACCUCGCUUCCUCGUCGCCUCCCGCACCGACCUGACGGUGGCGAUGACGCUGCAGGUGCCUGACGUGAGGCUUAUUCACGUGUGCAGGGCGUUCGAGGGAGAUCCAGGCAAGGUGUCGGGCGUGCGCGCGUUGGGAGUGACGAGAGCCGACCUCCUCCUGGCUUGGUCCGACGGCUUCGUCAACACGAG